UGUUAUCAUUUUUCAUACAGGAAAUGGUAAUAGUUGCAUUAGAUUCGACUAGGCCUCCUAAGGUUACAGGAGAACUAUACGAGGCUUUGGUGUGCAUUUGUUCUACAUAUGUUAAAAAUAUUUGUUCUAUCUAUUUUGUCAACAACUUUGGGUUAUUAACUUAUAAAAUUGUCUUUAACCUAUUACAGGCCCCUUCCAAACUUCCUACUAAUGUUCUACCAUUCCAUUUAAGUAGAAGUCCUACACGUAUAAUAUGGGAUCCAACACGACCAAGGGAAAAGUUACAACCCCCUUCAAGACAUCCCACGGAUCCUCAACCUCACCCAAUUGUAGAAGACAUAGAUGAGCCACGUCCUGCUUCGAAGAGGCUCGAUUUUGAUGAUCCGCCACAGUCAUAGAUAUGAUGGUAUGAUGAAAGAAUAAGUAUCCGGUAGAUUAAUGAGAGGGGGGGUGAAUCAGUAAAUAAAAAAACUGAUACAAACUUCCCAAACUCAAACUCAAUCACACAAAGUAAACUUAUCAAUGAAAUACUGCUAUCAAGAUCAAUACUCAUAAGAAUAUCG